GAUAGGUUUUUGGCGCUAAUCGUCAAUCUUUUUUCUAAUCCUCCAAACGCCUCUGUUGAAUUAAGAAUAUGUUCUCAACUUCAACGAGAAAUAUGCAAUUUCUAGCGUAUCAUGAGAUCAGUGUGUGUACUAGCUAUUUCUCUCAACCACAUUACAAAUUUCCCGCAACCAUUUACUCCCUCCGUCGUUCGCGGAAUUCGAUUAUCAGUGAGGAAGUUUCGAUUCCUCGUUUGGCAUGAUGAGUCUUUACAAACCCUCUGAUGCAUAUCACCCCCUUGUUUUUCACUGGAAAAUCUCAUGUACAAGAAGAGGGACUCGAGCUUGGUCGUCCUGAGAUUUUUCUUCAAGAUGGUUGCCUUUGGGAAGAAAUUGAAAGAAUCCCAAAUUCAAGAAUGGCAAGGGUAUUAUAUUAACUAUAAGCUAUUGAAGAAGAAAGUCAAUCGAUAUGCACAACAAAUUGAGGCUGGAAUGCAAGAUCGUCAGUUUGUUCUCAAGGACUUCUCAAGGAUGCUAGAUGAUCAGAUUGAAAAGGUUGUCUUGUUUCUGCUGGAACAACAAGGAUUACUUGCAAGCAGAUUAGCAUCUCUUGGAGAACAGCAUGGUGCUCUUUUACAGCAGGCAGAUGAAUCAAAAAUACCUGAAUUGCAAGAAGCAUACCGAGAAAUUGCGAGGGAUCUUUUACGCCUUCUCUUUUUCCUUGAGAUGAAUGCUACUGGUCUGCGUAAGAUUCUGAAGAAGUUUGAUAAGCGCUUUGGCUAUAAGUUUACUGACUACUAUGUUAAAACCCGUGCAAAUCAUCCUUAUUCUCAGCUGCGACAAGUGUUUAAGCAAGUGGGUAUUGGUGCUGUUGUUGGAGCCAUUUCACGCAAUCUUGUAGAACUGCAGGACCAUCAGGGAAUCUAUGUAUCAAUAUAUGAUCAACCUUCUCUAUCUCACUCGGAUCCUGUUAUUCAUUCUAUCAAAGCAGCGGUAAAUAGGUUGUCCAACUCAACAAAUUUCCUUGAAUAUUUGGCAAAGCAUGCAUUUAUUAUGCAAGAGGAGUUGUCAACUUUAUCUGAAGAUCAUGUUGAGCAGAAAUAUCAUUUUAUGUCUCUUCUCCUGAACUUGGUGAAUACAUUUCUGUAUAUGGCCAACACAUAUAUUAUUGUCCCAACAGCAGAUGACUACUCCAUAAGCCUUGGAGCUGCUGCAACAGUUUGUGGUGUUGUGAUUGGGUCGAUGGCUAUUGCACAGGUGUUUUCUUCAGUUUACUUCAGUGCAUGGUCAAAUAGAUCAUACUUGAGGCCACUCGUUUUCAGUAGUGUUGUUCUUCUGAUUGGGAACACCUUGUAUGCUCUGGCUUAUGACCUUAAUUCAAUAGCAGUUCUUCUUAUUGGUCGCUUAUUUUGUGGGUUGGGUUCUGCAAGAGCGGUUAAUAGACGAUAUAUCAGUGACUGUGUGCCCCUCAAACUACGAAUGCAGGCUUCUGCUGGUUUUGUUAGUGCCAGUGCACUUGGAAUGGCAUGUGGUCCAGCUCUUGCUUGCUUAUUUCAGACAGAUUUUAAGGUUUAUAAACUCACAUUUAACGAGGAUACUUUACCCGGUUGGGUUAUGGCUAUUCUGUGGCUUGUCUAUCUACUGUGGUUGCGGAUUUCCUUUAGAGAGCCUCCUCAAGAGACUAAAGAGAAUCUUGCGGCAGAGGAAGCUAAUUCUGCGCAAUUGGCAAAUAAUGCUGUGGAGAAUGGUUGUCUGCAGCCUCUGCUUUUGAAAUCGGCAGCUAAGCAACAAGAUCAAAAUGAGGACCAAGAAUUUGAUGAUGGUGAAGAAGACUCUGAAGAAUCUCAUAAGCCUGCGACUUCUCUUGCCUCAGCAUAUAGACUGCUUACACCAAAUGUGAAGGUUCAACUAUUUGUAUACUUCAUGCUCAAGUAUGUAAUGGAGAUUUUGCUGGCUGAAAGCAGUGUCAUUACUGCACGUUACUUUAUAUGGUCAACCAGCAGAAUAGCAAUCUUUCUUGCAUGUCUUGGACUGACAGUGCUUCCAGUAAAUAUCAUUGUUGGAAACUACAUCAGCAACAUAUUUGAAGAAAGGCAACUUCUACUUGCAUCUGAAAUUAUGUUGUGCAUAGGUAUUCUCCUAAGCUUCCACAUUUUGAUCCCUUACUCUGUCCCUCAAUAUGUCGGCUCAGCACUUAUCAUAUUUGUAUCUGCUGAAGUCCUUGAAGGUGUUAAUCUAUCACUACUAUCUCGGGUCAUGUCGUCGAGGCUUUCCCGGGGGACAUACAAUGGUGGACUGCUAUCGACAGAGGCCGGAACCCUGGCCCGAGUAAUUGCUGAUGGAACAAUCACGCUAUCUGGCUACUUGGGUGAAAAUAGGCUGUUGAAUGUCACCUUGGUUCCUGCACUUAUCAUCUGCAUCUCCUCCAUUAUUGCUACCUGCUUUACCUACAAUUCACUCUACUGAUACUGAUUGUCUUCUCUUCUGCUCCUGUACAUAAAUUUCUGUACAGUACAUCUAAAGCUUACCACAAGCUCACGGUUGUUUGUUGCUGGUAUUGUUAUAAUCAUUUAGUGGAACUGUAGAUAUCUCUAUCUUGUGAGUUUUUAUCACUAGUCUUUGGGUCCUACAAUGGUGUUUCAGAAGCGUUAGAUCUCCUAUCAUAUGUUUGAUUAGUUUCGAAGUAAGGGAGUGAGCAAAAGUAGGAGAAAAAUUCCUUUUUAUAUCUUUUUAGAAGUUUUGCAGAGGAGAAAUUGAGGUUGGUUUUAAACUGUAUUUUCUUUUUUUCUGGAAUUGUGAGAAGAAAAGGAUGGAAG